GAAAGGGAAAAAGGCAAUUCCUCCGCCAUUCCCCGCCCUCUUUUCCCGGCAAAAACCGUUGGCGCCGCCGCUCACCUCACAGAGAAAAGGAGGAAGAGAGGCGAGAGCGAGCGCGCGCGCGAGAGUGCGAGAGAGAGAGAGAGAGAAGGGUUGCCGUUUAACUCCCUCCCUCCCCAUCUGCAUGCGUGUUAUGUUUUGAUUGCUGCCGGUGGAUCUUCCGGCCAUGACGCCGUCAAUCCGUCUGAUUUGCCCGUGGGAAGCCCAUCACCGGAAGCGGACGGAGGCGCCCCGCCACCUCCUCCUGCACGGACCCUCGCCGGAUCUUCCCACCCAGAAAUACCGCUCCAUGUCGGAAAUCAUCGCCAAUACGGCUCCCCAUGUCGCGUUGACCUCUGCCCCAUACGAUGACAGCGACGACGACGACGACGACCGCGACGAUUAUUCGGGUGUCAAGUGCGAGGAGUGCCGCUCCGGUGAAUGCGGUGGCGAGAUGCUCCUCUGCGACAAGUGCGACCGUGGGUUCCAUAUUUUUUGCCUCCGGCCGAUCAUUGUUAGGGUUCCGACUGGUCCUUGGUUCUGCCCUAGCUGCUCUAGCCAGAAAACCUCGCGAGUCUUACGGCUUAGUCAAACGAAGAUAAUCGAUUUCUUCGGCAUACAGAAACCAGAUAACCCAGUCGAGAAAUUUUCAAUCGAUGCUCGGAAACGGAGGAGGCGAUCAGGGCAAUUGGUGAUUUCAAAGAAGAAGAGGAGAUUGCUGCCGUUCGUUCCGAGUGUGGAACCAGAGAGAAGAUUGGAACAGAUGCGUUCGCUUGCUGCAGGUUUGAAGGCAUUGAAGAUGCAAUUCUACGAUGACCUGACCUAUGUACCUGGAAUGGCGCCCAGGUCGGCCAAUGCAGCGAAAUUGGAGAAGGGUGGAAUGCAGGUUUUAUCUAAAGAAGAUACGCAAACCCUAGAUCAAUGCAAGGCAAUGUACAAACGUGGAGAAGGGCCUCCUCUUCUUGUUACUUUUGACCCCUUUGAAGGCUUUACAGUGGAAGCAGAUGCACUUAUAAAGGAUCUGACAAUAAUCACCGAGUACGUUGGGGAUGUUGAUUAUUUGACAAAUCGUGAAAAUGAUGACUGUGAUAGCAUGAUGACACUCCUUUCAGCUGAAAAUCCAUCGGAUAGUCUUGUCAUCUGUCCUGAUAAACGUGGAAAUAUUGCACGGUUCAUCAAUGGAAUCAACAAUUACACCUCGGAGGGUAGGAAGAAGCAAAAUUUGAAAUGUGUCAGAUAUAGUGUAAAUGGUGAAUGCCGGGUUCUCAUUGUUGCUAACAGGGACAUUGCUAAGGGUGAAAGGCUAUAUUAUGACUACAACGGAUAUGAGCAUGAGUACCCAACUGAGCAUUUCGUCUGAGCAAGCUCAAGGACUAAUUGGAAAAUUAAAUCUCACAAAUUAUUUUUCUUUUUGACAUCGAUUCCUUUAGCCAUUGUUUAACCUCUUUGUCAACAUGGCCCCUAAUUAGCCAUGAAAAGAGAUGGGAUCAAAAAUUUUGUUGAUUAAACUGAUGUAAAGCACGUCUCAUUCAAUGAAGAUGCUUCUGAAAACUGAAGCAAAUGCUUAUCUACAA